GCCGGGCGGGGGCGGGAAUGCAGGCACUCCACCUUGCCUUCCCAGCUGGGAGCCACGGGAACAGGUGCUGCAGGCCGUAAGCACACCCCACCGCGCCAUGGGCUCGGACGUCUGGGUCGGCCCUUGGCGGCCACACCGGCCCCGUGGCCCCAUCGCAGCGUUCUACAGAGGCCCAGGGCCCAAAUAUAAGCUGCCACCGAACACGGGCUACAUCCUACACGACCCGUCGCGGACCCGCGCCCCCGCCUUCAGCUUCGGCACGCGCCUCCCCACGCAGCAGACUUCGUGCGGCCCGGGCCCGGGCCACCUGGUGCCCGCUCGCAUGACUGUGCGCGGCCCAGACGGCAGCCCCGCCUACUCCAUCUAUGGCCGCCCGCGCCACGCAGCGCCCUUCCUCACUCCCGGACCAGGCAGGUACUUCCCAGAGCGAGCGGGGAACGUGACGUACCCCAGCGCGCCUCGGCACACCAUCGCUCCUCGAAACUGGGGCAUCCAAGCGGAGCAGCAGACCCCAGGCCCCGGGACCUACACAGUGCCCUCGCUCUUGGGCCCGCGCGUCAUCGGUAAAGUCUCGGCUCCGACUUACUCCAUCUACGGCCGCAGCGCAGUGGGCUGCUUCUCCGAGGACCUCAGCAAGACCCCGGGUCCCUGCGCCUACCACGUGGUGAACCCUGGGAUCUACAAGUCUCGGGCACCCCAGUUCACGAUGUUGGCACGGACUUCGCUCCCCCAAGACAACACCCUGAAUCCCGGGCCCGCUGCCUACAACGUAGACCAGCCCCGGAAGCCUCGCGGCUGGAGCUUCGGGAUCCGGCACUCGGACUACCUGGCCCCGAUCGUUACGGACGUGGAUGACUGACCGACCGGGCGGCCGCGGCCCCAUAAAUGUUUGCUUCAAGCUUCCCGA